AGCUGGAUCACUGUCAGACGAGAUAACAAAAUGAAGACUUUAUUACUUCUGUGUAUACUGCCAUGGUUCUCCGUGUAUGCCAGAGAGAGCUGUACAUACCACGGGAAGAAAUACCACGACGGUAAACAAUUCCCCGCCGUGGACGGGUUUGACACGUGUAAAUGUCUCCACGGAACUGUGGUCUGUACGGAAAGUGUCUCCGAACGGGACAUCAACGACAGCAGGAAAAAGAGCUGUACAUACGACGGGAAGAAAUACCACGACGGCAAACAAUUCCCCGCCGUGGACGGGUUUGACACGUGUAAAUGUCUCCACGGAACUGUGGUCUGUACGGAAAGUGUCUCCGAACGGGACAUCAACGACAGCAGGAAAAAGAGCUGUACAUACGACGGGAAGAAAUACCAUGACGGCAAACAAUUCCCCGCCGUGGACGGGUUUGACACGUGUAAAUGUCUCCACGGAACUGUAGUCUGUACGGAAAGUGUCUCCGAACGGGAUGUCAACGACAGCAGGAAAAAAAGUUGUACCUAUGACGGAAAGAAAUACCAUGAUGGUAAACAAUUCCCCGCCGUGGACGGGUUUGACACGUGUAAGUGUCUCCACGGAACUGUGGUCUGUACGGAGAGUGUCUCCGAACGGGACAUCAACGACAGCAAGAAAAAGAGCUGUACAUACGACGGGAAGAAAUACCACGAUGGUAAACAAUUCCCCGCCGUGGACGGGUUUGAUACGUGUAAAUGUCUCCACGGAACUGUGGUCUGUACAGAAAGUGUCUCCGAACGGGACAUCAACGACAGCAGGAAAAAGAGCUGUACAUACGACGGAAAGAAAUACCACGACGGUAAACAAUUCCCCGCCGUGGACGGGUUUGACACGUGUAAAUGUCUCCACGGAACUGUGGUCUGUACGGAAAGUGUCUCCGAACGGGACAUCAACGACAGCAGGAAAAAUAGCUGUACAUACGACGGGAAGAAAUACCACGACGGUAAACAAUUCCCCGCCGUGGACGGGUUUGACACGUGUAAAUGUCUCCACGGAACUGUGGUCUGUACGGAAAGUGUCUCCGAACGGGACAUCAACGACAGCAGGAAAAAGAGCUGUACAUACGACGGGAAGAAAUACCACGACGGCAAACAAUUCCCCGCCGUGGACGGGUUUGACACGUGUAAAUGUCUCCACGGAACUGUGGUCUGUACGGAAAGUGUCUCCGAACGGGAUGUCAACGACAGCAGGAAAAAGAGCUGUACAUACGACGGGAAGAAAUACCACGACGGCAAACAAUUCCCCGCCGUGGACGGGUUUGACACGUGUAAAUGUCUCCACGGAACUGUGGUCUGUACGGAAAGUGUCUCCGAACGGGAUGUCAACGACAGCAGGAAAAAGAGCUGUACAUACGACGGGAAGAAAUACCACGACGGCAAACAAUUCCCCGCCGUGGACGGGUUUGACACGUGUAAAUGUCUCCACGGAACUGUGGUCUGUACGGAAAGUGUCUCCGAACGGGACAUCAACGACAGCAGGAAAAAGAGCUGUACAUACGACGGCAAGAAAUACCAUGAUGGUAAACAAUUCCCCGCCGUGGACGGGUUUGACACGUGUAAAUGUCUCCACGGAACUGUGGUCUGUACGGAAAGUGUCUCCGAACGGGAUGUCAACGACAGCAGGAAAAAGAGCUGUACAUACGACGGAAAGAAAUACCACGACGGUAAACAAUUCCCCGCCGUGGACGGGUUUGACACGUGUAAAUGUCUCCACGGAACUGUGGUCUGUACGGAAAGUGUCUCCGAACGGGAUGUCAACGACAGCAGGAAAAAGAGCUGUACAUACGACGGAAAGAAAUACCACGACGGUAAACAAUUCCCCGCCGUGGACGGGUUUGACACGUGUAAAUGUCUCCACGGAACUGUGGUCUGUACGGAAAGUGCUGACAUAACAGUAAGAGAUGCAGGCGUGUGUUUGUACUAUGGAGCCCAGUAUGCGAAUGGCGAUAAAUUUAACGCAACGGAUGGCUGUAACACUUGCUCGUGUGAUAACGGUGCGGUUGGGUGUACAUUCAUGGUGUGUAACGGUGGUGUGAACAGCAAGACGUGUGUGUACAAUGGGACUGUCUAUAAGGCGGGGGAUAGCUUCCUCUCCUUGGACGGAUGUAACACUUGUAGCUGUGAUAAUGGCGGCAUGGUCUCUUGUACCGAAAUGUUUUGUCAGAGACCAGUGAAUGAACCAACUUGCUCAUACUACGGAAACACAUUCCAAGACGGACAUAGCUUUACUUCCGCUGAUGGCUGCAACACGUGCACGUGCAAUGCUGGGAAAGUGUCAUGCACCAUUGAACCGUGCGUAGGAAACGUACCGAACGGCAACGGAGCGGCCUGUGUUGACCACGGAACCGUCUAUUCUAGUGGACAAUCAUUUGUAUCAGGCGACGGAUGUAACGACUGCGUCUGCUUCAACAGUCAAGUUAUCUGUACACAGAAAACGUGCGCCCCCGGUUACACCACACCAGAUCCAAAUCACUGCCAGGCUAAUGGUGUAACAUACAAACCAGACGAGACGUGGCCGGCGCCCGACGGUUGUAAUCACUGUUUCUGUUCACGUGGAGGUGUGGUAGGGUGUACCCAGAUGUUCUGUCUCGUCGGACGUGACCUAGAUCAGACUGACACCUGUAUGUACAACGGACAGGAGAUAAAGGUCGGAGACAGUGUUCUCGCCAAAGACAACUGUAACCACUGUUUCUGUGGGCGUGGUGGUGCUGUCGGCUGUACCGAGAUGUUUUGUUUGGGACCAGUCGGACGUGACUUACCCACCACUCAGCCAGAAACGACAACAUUUGACCUCUUUAAUGGCGGACAGACAGGAGGAUGUCACUACGAAGGCCGUGUGUACUGGGCGGGUGCCAGCUGGCAAACUGUGGACGGGUGCAACUCCUGCUUCUGUUCGGCCCAUGGUGGAGCGCUGUGCACCGAUGCUGUUUGUGACUUCAAAUCAAUCAACGAACGCGAGGUGACCACAUGCACGUACCACGGAAAGACGUACAACGUACACGAUAGUUUCCCGGAUGUAGAUGGCUGUAACACGUGCUGGUGUUCUAAUCUCGGCGAUGCCCUGUGUUCGAAACUUUGGCAUUGUACAUUCCACACUCUUCCAGGGGAAAAUGGAAACUAAUUAUUAUUUCAAUUUAGUGUUGU